AAUCAUGCAUCUGCGCUCGAAAGUGAUUUUUCUCAUAAUCAAGUUCUCGACGACCUCGAGUGACUUGAAAUGCGCGCUAGUAGCGAGGUCGAGAGAGCUUUAGUUGCAGGUCUUGCUAACGGCAGUUCGCGCGCCUUGAACAUCUACAGCGCCAUAUCCGGACUCAUGCCAAGGAGAAACCAUUUCUAUGUCCAUGUGGUCGUUCAUUCACCAGAGUCGAUUUUCUGAAGCGGCAUAAUCGACUCUCGCAUGCGUUGAAGCGCAGUCCUCGAUUGACCACUACACUGUUGCACGUGACGCAUGCGCUUAGUUUACCUGUCAAUAUGAGCGUUCAGUACGUCUCACGUAGUCAGAUGUUCUUCUGGAGCUGUCAGCACUCCCUUUCUGGUUUGGAGAGUGCGGUGUUCUUGUUCAAGUGGCUCCAGUCUGUGGCAGCCACGGUGAGCGACGACCCAUUUACAGCACAUGAGACUAACAUCUUGGACUGGGUUCGUGCGCUAGUCGAGGAGACUCGUGAGUCAGUUGACUUGGAAGAAAUGAUAGUCCAUUCGUAUGUGGAAAGUUCUGCUUUACAAUCCUCUCAACUAUGCGCAAUUGUGCUGAGAAUAUGGUCACGGGUUUUCGGCGGCAACAUGAUGUGGGCGAUUAUCAGUCAGAUUGGGGCUGCUCUUGAACAAUUGGCAGAGCUGAUAGAAGCUGAAAGUCGGUUGGCUGUGCAGUAAAAUACAACUUUUCGAAUCAGAGCAAUUCAAAUAGAAUCCAUGAUAGACCAUGCUAGUCACUAUGCAAGUAAUCGAGGACAG